AGGUUUCUAUUAGAAUUAUUUGUAUAAGUAAAAUAGAAACCGUUCUCCUUAUCUACUCUUCCUCUUCCUACACUUCUUUCAGUCCACUUCUCACAACCGCAGAGGUGGGGUGCUCUUUGUUUUCUUUUUGUCAAGGGUUUGAUGGCUGAAUCUGUACCUUGUGAGGGCGAAGAGAGGCGAGGUUUAGGCUCCAGCGGUUUACGAGAAAAUAGGCUUUCUUUGAAGCCAAUCAACAUUCCGAUGGGAGGUAGCGACGAAGGUGAUAAUGGGAAAGGUAGAAGAGCAGUACUUGAGGCAAGAUUGGAAUGCAUGAUCAGCAGCAAAGGGUUGGGUUGUUCAAAAGCUUUCGAGGGUCGGAUGAGAGCUCGCCUUGAUGAUCAGGGCGACAGAGAUUCCAACAAGAAUAAGACUUGGAACCUCAAGAACGGAUCAGAGGAAGCCAAGUGCCCUGUUUGUUCCAAGAGUUUCCAUUCGAAGAAGGCCAUGCACGGGCACAUGAGGUGCCAUCCUGAGAGAGAAUGGAGGGGGAUCAAUCCUCCGCCCUCAACCAAGACUGCUUCUUGCUCCUCUGCGUCGCAGGAAAUUGAUGGUUUGAGCCAUGCGUCCAUGACAUCGACUGUGGUUUCAUCUGAUAUUAGUCCUUCCGAGCCUCCUCUGCAGUGGACGAAAAAUGGAAGGAGGGGCCAGAAUCGCAUCAUCAACUCAUAUUCUUCUUCGGGUUCGUCCUGUAAUAUCAGCUCAUCGCAGAAUAAAGGAAUUGUGGAAAAGCAUCAAGUUUCUGAACGUGCAGGCCUGCAGAAGAGGCAACAACUUAAGAUGUUACAAGUUGGGAACCUAAGGGAUUAUCCAUCCAAGAAGCUGAAAAUCCAUGAAAGAGGGGCUUUGGGGUUCAGAGGCCAAGAAGAUGCUGGAAACAAAAGUGGUGCUUCUUGGAAGGACUUUCUAAAAAUAGGGUUCAAUUUGGGACCAAAAGAAGUUGAUACGGACAAGAAGAGUAGUGAUGAUAGAAUUAUACCUGAGGGACAACUUGAUGAUCAGAUUGCAAAGAAUACAAAGAAGAGGACUCCAAAGUUCGUAAGCUAUAUGGAUGUUUCUCAUAAUAACCGGUUUCUGAAGACAUUAUUACCGAGGAAAUAUAAAUGCGGCACUUGCAAUAAAACCUUUCCGACUUACCAAGCCUUGACCAUGGGGAAUAAAUAUGCAUCAUCUUCACAUACCGCAGCUUCUGAGGAAGAAGGCCAAGCCCUUGGCACUUCCAAGCAUGCCAAGCAGGUGGUGCAAAAAUCCCACAAGUGCCGGAUCUGCAACAAGAGCUUCCCCACGGGUCAGGCUCUUGGGGGCCACCAGACAACUCACCGGCCGAAGCCAGCCCAAUUAGCUACAACCAAGCAAGAAGCCAGCCAGAAUGCAGGUCCAAGAGUUUUGGAUUUUGAUCUCAACGAGCUUCCCCCAAUGGAAAAAGAAUGAAGGUGGUGCAGUGUUCUCCCUACAAUUCAGUAAGUUACACUUAUUGAGUAAAGGCUUAUAGAUUUUGUAAUUUUCCUUAUGGGAUGAUUUUAUUGGUCCGAAUAGAAGUAAAAUAGUUUUGAACUCUCCCAGAUGGAACUGCUGAAAUUUAUUUGUCUUCUGUUGGAUUCAGCCCUAGAACUGAUAGAAUUGGUUUGGAAUGUAAUGGCUUUUGUACACAAGCAUCGUCUCCUAAAACAAUCAAUAAGAAUAAGAACAACCACUGGGGGGUGGU